UGAUAAUCGGAACUACAAAAUUGUUUUGAAUGUGUUACAAACACUUAUUUGAAAACCGCGCUGAACCACUUAAACGUACGUAAGAUAGUUUAUUUUAAAGUAGUGAGUUAAUUCACUCAAGUGUAAGAAAUUACUCAGUCAAUCUUUUGACAAGUUGUCUGUCAAGAUUGCUGGCCUGAAUAUUUCUUUCACUGUGUUGAAUGUCAUAGCUGUGAGUCGGUGUGCCGUGGCCAUCUCUUUGAUUUCCACUGUUGCGUCAUUUUUUCUCGACACAAUGAAAGUUACAUUCAAAACAUUGAAGCAACAGACAUUUGUUCUUGACCUCCAAGAAGAUGAUCUGGUUGGGGACGUUAAAAAGAAGAUCGAAGCAGAAAGAGGCAGUGAAUUCGAUGCAAAUACUCAGAAACUAAUACACUCAGGCAAGGUGAUGGAAGAUAAUAAAUCAUUAAAAGACUACAAAGUGACAGACACAGGUUUUGUUGUAGUAAUGUCUGUCUCAAAGCCACCCAAAGAUCCAGCCAAAGAGGCAAGUGCUUCAUCUCAAACCAACCCCGCUGGUGAAGCUAAGACAACACCAGAAAAAAAGAGUCCUUUAACAGAGGGCAAUGAAGCACCAAGUAGUAAACCAGACACAAAUUCCCCAUCUAGCCUACCUACCGUUACAACAGCCCCAUCUAGCGCAACCAAUACUUUGGGUUUUGGAGAGAAUUCUCUAGUUACUGGAGAGAAUUUUGAGCGGGUUGUACAAGAACUAAUAUCCAUGGGUUUCGAGAGAUCACUGGUAAUUCGUGCAAUGCGAGCAGGCUUCAACAACCCGGAUAGAGCGUUCGAAUAUCUUUCAUCUGGAAACAUUCCAAACGUUGAUAUUGUUGAGCAGCCACCACAAAGGGAAGAAAGCGAAAGUGUAUCUCCAGAAAGAACUGGAGAUACUGAUACCCCAGGUUCCGAAUCAGUUGGCUCUGAAGACCCGAUCGCAGCGCUCGCAAGUUUACCACAGUUUCAACAAAUGAGAGCUCUAGUACAAGCAAACCCAGAGUUGUUACCUCAGCUCAUCCAACAAAUAGGUAACGAUAACGCAGAUCUGUUCAGGCUCAUUCAAGAAAAUGAACAAGCAUUUCUGGAAUUUAUUAAUACCCCAGUCACUGGCACUACACGACCUGGUAGUCAGCGUCAAACUGUCCUCACCAUGACCGCUGAAGAACGUGCUGCUGUGGAUCGUCUAAAAGCAUUAGGGUUCCCAGAAGAGUUGGUUAUUCAAGUAAGUUCUUGAAAUUUCUGGGUUACGUCUAAUACCGAUAGUUUCCCCUUAAAACUUGACGUAUUAGUUCUACUCAAAGUAUUUAACUGCACACUUCGUUUAUCUUAAUGCAAAGUUUCAGAUUUACUUCAAGUCCCUUUUUGUACGAAAAGAAGCACAUAUACUAGUCAAAUUGUAGUUUAAGGCAGGCAGUUAGAGGUUCAUGGUAACAACUAACCUCACUCAGCCUAUCUUCCGACACAAUACUUGAGACUCAACUUCUUUCAGUCCAUGUGUGGUGAUCUCAGCACCAAAAAUCCGUGUGUUCACUUUAUGAUAAUUGAUUCCAGUGUCACGUAAGAACCAAAGACCCCAAUCCAUUUUUUCCGAUUUUCACUUCUAUAGAUAUUUCCUCUCUUGUCGGCAAUCAAGAGGCAGCGAUCACUCGUAUUCUCGGAAUCGGUGUUAUCCCUCUUUAUGUUUUUGAUAUUUUAUCGCUUAUCGUAUAGUUUAUAUCAUUUUCACUUAUUUGGGGCCUAAAUAUUUACUUAAAAGACCGCAAACUAGUGAUUAGAUAUCUGUCUAACGGACUGUUAGUGACUCGAACAACUAGUUUCAAUUAGAUGAAACUGGAGAAAGCGUUUGUCGAGAAUCAAUCAUAUCAGUAUCUAUGACGUUAGUUUCCAGUAUUUUGUUAGCUCUUUGCAAUAACAAUAAAAGUGAUAUAUCAUAGAUAUAGAACCAGAAAUCUGCUGUUAGGCACAAUUUAGAUGAUGUUACAAAAAUGUAAACAUGUCAAUCGUAGCUAGUGUGUAUUGGGUUACCUAACCGAAGUAAUGAUUGAUGCAUAUGUCAUUUUCCAAUAUAUCUUUCACAGAAUUUUCAUUGAGUCUCAUGUUUCAAGUACUGGUUUUGCCUUAGUCCAGUUGUGGCUUACGAUGAUUGUGAAUAUUUCAAAGUUUUACUAUAUGUGCUGUACUCUUUCUGACGGUUGUCCCCACUAGAUUUCCAAUUAUUUAUGUGAUUUAUGCCACCCAGUAAAAACUACAUUGGUGGUACUAAAUUUAUGUUGUGAGAAAAAGGUAUUCACGAAACUACAUUUGCUUUAAAUUCACAUGUCACAUUUAGUCCCGGAAGUUACUUUAAGUACUACUCUGUCGUCGUUGAGGUAGACGAAAGAAUGUCCGGUUCAACUAAGAAUGAAAGACAAGGAGAUUCGAGUGGGAGCUUCCGGUUUCACAACAUUUUUUAAACAUGCUUCUUGUUAACCUAUCCAUAAUGCAUUUUUGUGUUAAGCUGAAUUUACUUGCUAGAUUAGAUGGUUUACCCUUUUCAGUGACUCAUUGAAACCCCCAACUAGCAUGAAACAUCUAUCAUCCUAUUAUAAACUGAUCGUUUCUUGGUGUCUUUUUACCCACUCAGCAUCAUCCUACAAUACAGGCUAUAAUAGCUCUUACAACUGUUGAUCGAAACUGAUGUCCCAAUGGAACAAUGCUUGUAUCAUGUUUUUUUAAGAUCAAACACUGCACAUUGACUUCAAUUUAAUAGUAUUGGUAUAGAAUGGGGCAGUUCAGUGAUAACAAUAGCUUGACACACGGAAUCAUCGAAUAUUUUUAACUCUGGGACCAAUGCUCAAAAGCGUAAAGCAGAACUCCUCUGACAUUUUUCAUUGAAACCGUAAUAUUUUAUUUAGUGAGGAUGGCGUAUUAUGCAUGCGAGAAAAAUGAGGAUGCAGCUGCGAAUUUCCUGCUUAGUGAAAGUUUAGAUGAUGAAAUGGUAUAAAGUUUAAUGUAAAUCAUCCUUUAUAAUUGUUAUUACCUUUGUGAUGAUAGUUCUAGUUGGUGUCACUUACAUACACACACAUUUGUAACAAAUCCACGUCCUUUUUCUCCUCUGCUUUACAGCCUUAAACUAAUUAUUUAUUAUUCCCUCAUCAGUUUCCCGUGUUUAUUUUCAGUAAAUCGACAUUAUUGUAAGAAAUGGUUAAAAAGAAUAUGCUAAUGAUUGUAACGGUAAUACUAUGUUUGAGCACAUUCGUCAAAUGCUAAAUGUACUGAAUGUGUCCUGUUUUAUUUUCUGGUGAUCAUUAUUUUGUUUGUCAACAAAGUAUGAGCUUAUAUAUUGUAAACUGUUGUUUAUUCUUUUGAUCCGACUGCAUUCAACUGGUGAUUAACUUUUAUCUUUAAAACUCUAAUUAUAUGGGAUAUAAAAUUUCACAUCAAAGCAAAGUACCUAGCGUUCUUCAUUAAAGCAAAUUGGUGAAUUUCUUUGGAUCGAAAUUAGUUUGAAAAAAUUAAGGCUACCAAGAACAUUGAAAAAAUAUGCAUAUAUCAUUAUGAAUAAUAAAUAAAUAUUUUUCAUACAGCUAGCCUACAUGUUUGCAUUUUACUGUUGUAUCACUAAUAUACCAAAAGAUACUUUAUAUUACAAUUAAUUCGGUUUUGCGCCUAACGACCGCGC